CAUAGUUCCGUACGCCCCAGCAUCACCAUACACCAGCAGCGCCCUGCAGCUGCAAGCCUGCAACUAGUCGCUGGCCGGCCGGCCGGCCAUGUACUACUGCCUCGCCGCGCCGCCGGCCGCUGCGGCACCGGCAGCGCCAGCGGCGAGGCGCGCGUCCUCUUUCCUCUUCGUGGUGUCGGUCCCUCCUCCGACUUUAUGGGGGAGGGUGACGGGAGGCGCCGUGUCCGCCCAGCGGCUGGUGCGGCGGCGGUGCUCCUCCGCCGGCGAGCCCAGGGCGGCCGGCGACGGUGGCCUAUCCAGUUUUUGCAUAAUUGAAGGCCCAGAGACUAUACAAGACUUUGUUCAAAUGCAAUCACAAGAGAUUCAAGACAACAUCAGGAGCCGCCGUAACAAAAUUUUCCUUUUGAUGGAAGAGGUUAGACGAUUGCGGGUGCAGCAGCGAAUCAGAACUUCUGAAAGCAGAGGUGCAAGCAGUGAAGAAAGUGAAAUGCCUGAAAUCCCGUCUAGUAUUCCCUUUUUGCCUAAUACGUCACCGAAGACAAUGAAACAACUCUAUUUGACAUCAUUCUCAUUCAUAACUGGGAUAAUCUUUUUUGGAGGCUUGAUAGCCCCAGUACUUGAGCUGAAAUUAGGGCUAGGUGGUACAUCUUAUGAAGAUUUUAUAAGGACCAUGCACUUGCCUCUUCAAUUAAGUCAGGUAGAUCCCAUUGUGGCAUCCUUUUCAGGUGGUGCAGUUGGUGUAAUCUCGGCAUUAAUGUUGGUUGAAAUUAGAAACGUCAGGCAGCAAGAGAAGAAAAGGUGUACAUAUUGCCAUGGGACUGGAUACUUGCCAUGCGCUCGCUGUUCUGCAAGUGGAAUGCUAUUGAACAGCAAGAGUUUUUCACUUUCAUGUGACAACGGCCAUAAUAUGUGGUCUACAACCGAAAGGUGCCCCAAUUGUUCAGGAGCUGGAAAGGUGAUGUGCCCAACUUGCUUGUGCACAGGAACGGCAAUGGCAAGCGAGCAUGACCCACGGAUAGACCCCUUCGAUUAGUGAUGAGCAAUUGGAAUCUGGAAGUGUGUAUUCUAGCUGUACUGUUGGCUGCCCCCCCUUUUUGUUUGUGUUGCUGUGAUAGGCCUGAAUACCUGAAGAAUGAAGUUCAGAUCACACAACGAAAGCCAAAAGCUGUAACCGUACGAUGAAUGAACUCUGUGACUAGUAUAGAACUCUCGUCUGUGGAACUUUUUCCGAAUUAUUUUUGUAAAGAUUUAAGGAAUUACUUAUCGCACGUCGAACACAACGCGACGGUUUGGCCGAGUGGUCUAAGGCGCCAGAUUUAGGCUCUGGUCCGAAUGGGCGUGGGUUCAAAUCCCACAGCUGUCAAUUCUAUUUUUAAUUUCCUA